UACAAAUACAACGAAAACAGUUCUUGUUUCAAUUAGCAGAACAGCUUUAUUACAGAGCUGCAAGACAGAACAAAUCAUCAGAACAUGAAGAUCCACAAAGAUCAACUGCAACAUCAUCAAAAACAACAUAUUCCAUCAAAAGAAAAAUUUGUCCAAAUUUGCCAUGGACAAAAUGCCUCUACCAGUGUGACUCAGGUUAGGUCGAAACUCAUCUUCAAAAUCCUUUCCCCAAAUAGAUGUUCCACCAUUUCCUGUAUUUGUCGGAUCACCACCUUGUAUCUAGAAUAUAAUACAGUUUAAAUAGUCAUUGUCGUGUUGGAUGAACAAACAAUCAAAAAAAAUCAUAAUACAUAAAUUACCAUAAAAUUCCUGAUUGAUCUGUGAAACUUUGUGCCAUUGUAAUAACCAUUUUCACAGUGUUUUAUGAAAUUUUCACAUGUUUUUGGAACCAUGUCACAGUGUAAUUCUAGAUUCAAUAUACCUAAGUUUGUAACAAGUCUAACAUAGCCUGAAACAGAAAAUAUAUUAUGUAACA